AUGGGAUCUUUUUACAAGUUCCUCGCCAUCACGAUUCUGCUCUCAUCUGCCGUAUUGGCCCAAGAACCUGGUGCAUCUCCCACUGCUUCAAUCGGCUGUGAACCACACGGAGACCAUUGGCACUGCGACGGUCCGGCCUCGACCACUGCCUCUCUGGGCUCGUCGACAGCAAGUGAUGCCGAAGUGGCCACCACCUCGGCCGCUACAUCGACUACAUCGGCCAGUGUUACCCCCACGAUGCCCAGUCCUACCGAAUCUGCGGGCUGCGAGCCGCAUAACGACCACUGGCACUGUGACGGGCCCAUCGAGACUUCCAGUUCGAGUGCUUCUGCAAGUGCCUCUGCGAGCUCUUCUGCCGGUGCAAGCGAUGAGGAAAAUGGUGUGGGCACAAGGGGAGUGGAAAUGUUCCUGCUUGCUGGGCUGUCUGUUAUAGCUGCUGGAUUGAAUGUUUGA